AGCCGUCGGAGGAGGGGGCUCCACCGGAGACUUGGUUCCUUGGUCCCCAAGUGAGCUGGAUGCAGAGCAGGGGGAGGAAGCGGAGGGCGACGGUGUGAAAGUGAGAACUGGGGUCCUGGGGCUGUGUGAGAGGAAUUAUUAGAGCCUCCUCCUGGGGCUGGGGCUGCACUGCACAAAGUUAGACCAGAAGAGGGUCCAGGGUGCCUGCAGGAGGCUGAUCCUGGGAGCCAUUGGGGUUUGUGACAGGAGCUUCUUCCAAAGAACAAAUUGGCAGGUGAAGAAGAGCGAGAAUUCUCUCCAAAGGGUGGCCCGAAUUCCUGCGGCCCAGGUGGCAGGUAGGGCUGGGAUGGAGCAGGCCUUGGCUUUGUCGGUUACGGGCCCAUCUUUCCGAGCCCUUUGGUACUUUCACCCCAUUUGACAGACGGGGUGACCAAGGCCCCUGGCCGUGUAUCGCUUUGAGAGUUGGAACGGAACCGAGCAGGUUCCUGAGUGAGCCAAGGCCCCGACCUUGAGGCUCACCCACUUGGCGCUCCACAUCCCUCCUGGGAGCAGGGGUCGCAGUCCGGUGGGCCCCAGAGAUGCUUCGGCAGUGGUCGGGGCCGUCAGGGCAGGCCCCCCAGGAACCAGAACAGGAGAUGGCGACCGACGAGCUGUGGGAGUCGGAGAUGGAGCGGCUGUGCGCCUCCCGGGCGCCGGUGCGCGAGCUGCCCUACCCCAUGGCCGACAGGCGCCUCCUCCGGCAGCUGCGAGAGCCCGAGGGGAUGAAGACCUCAUUCUGGCAGCAGUGGAGGCGCAGGCAGCAGAUAGCAGGACGGCGGCUGGGGGAAGCAGCGCAGCGACUGGCCCGGGGCUUUGGGCUCUGGGAGGCGGCUCUUUACGAGAUUGGGGGUCUCUUUGGCACUGGAAUCCGGUCCUACUUCACCUUUCUGCGCUUCCUGCUGAUACUCAACCUGCUGACAGUGCUGGUCACCGCCAGCUUUGUGCUGCUGCCCCUGGCCUGGCUCCACCCCCCUGACUCAGGCCCCACCCUGAACUUGACCCUCCAGUGCCCUGGCAGCCACCAGCCCCAGACCCGUGUCCCAAAGUUCCACAAUCAACUUUGGAAUGUUUUAACCGGCAUGGCCUUCAGCAACACCUACCUCUUCUAUGGCGCCUACCGGGCAGAGCUGGAGAGCAGCUCAGCGUACAGCAUCCGCCUGGCCUACCUCCUCAGCCCGCUGGUCUGCCUGCUCCUCUGCUUCUGCGGGACCCUGCAGCGGAUGGUGAAGGGGCUGCCACAGAAGUCAUUCGUGGGUCAAGACUACAGGGUGCCUCUCAGUGCCAAGGUCUUCUCCUCCUGGGACUUCUGCAUCCAUGUGCAUGAAUCAGCCAAGAUCAAGAAGCAUGAGAUAAGCAACGAGUUCAAGGUGGAGCUGGAGGAGGACCGGUGCUUCCAGAUGGUACAGCAGCAGUCCCCUGCCCAGAGGGCCUGCCACCUGCUCAGCUACCUGCGGGUCAAUGUCCUCAUCGGGCUCCUGGUGGUUGGCGCCAUCAGUGCCAUCUUCUGGGCCACCAAGUACUCACAGGACAACAAGGAGGAGUCCCUGUUUGUGCUGCUCCAGUACCUGCCCCCUGGUGUCAUCGCCCUGGUCAACUUUAUGGGUCCCCUGUUGUUUGUGUUCUUGGUCCAGCUGGAGGAUUAUCCUCCCAACACUGAGGUCAACCUUACACUUAUCUGGUGCGUGGUGCUGAAACUGGCCAGCCUGGGAAUGUUUUCCUUCUCACUGGGUCAGACCAUCCUGUGCCUUGGCAGAAACAAGACCAGCUGCGAGUCUUACGGCUACAACGCCUGUGACUACCAGUGCUGGGAGGACUCUGUGGGGCAAGAGCUGUACAAGCUGAGCACCUUCAACUUCCUCCUCACAGUGGCCUUCACUUUCCUGGUCAGCCUGCCUAGGAGGCUGCUGGUAGAGCGGUUCUCAGGCCGGUUCUGGGCCUGGCUGGACCGGGAGGAGUUCCUGGUGCCCAAGAACGUGCUGGACAUUGUGGCAGCACAGACCGUCACCUGGAUGGGCCUCUUCUACUGCCCCCUGCUACCGCUGCUGAACAGCAUCUUCAUCUUCCUCACCUUCUACAUCAAGAAGUACACCCUCCUGAGGAACUCCAGGGCAUCUCCACGGCUCUUCCGGGCCUCCAGCUCCACCUUCUUCUUCCAGCUGGUGCUGCUCUUGGGCCUGCUCCUGGCCGUGGUGCCCCUGGGCUACGUGGUCAGCAGCGUUCACUCCUCCUGGGACUGUGGCCUGUUCACCAACUACUCAGCCCCUUGGCAGGUGGUCCCAGAGCUGGUGGCCCUCCGACUCCCACUCCCUGGCCAGCGUGUCCUCCACUACCUCAGCUCCCAUGCCUUCAGCUUCCCCCUCCUCCUCAUUCUCAGCCUCGUCCUGACCGUGUGCGUCUCCCAGUCCCAGGCCAAUGCGAGGGCCAUCCAUGGGCUCCGGAAGCAGCUGCUGUGGCAGGUCCAGGAGAAGUGGCACCUGGUGGAGGACCUGUCGCGACUGUUGCCAGACUCGGACCUGGGCCCCACAUCCCCUCGCUCUCGAGCCUCGCACCCGCGGUCCGUCUGCCCCGGAUUCCCCUGCCCAGGCUCUCCUGGUCCCAGGAACCCCCGGCCAGGACCCUUCCUCGCGGAUUCCACGGAGCUGCGCUCCCCAGGCCCUCCACACAGAUUCCGCUUCCCCAGCAGCGCGGAACUGUAGCGCUGACCUCUGCCUCUACCAAUAGCCCCCCCCUGAGGCUGGACCUGCAGCCCCUCACUCCACUUUGCCCCACACUCCUGGUCCCUAGUGACCACCCUCUGGCAGGAGUCAGCAAAGAAGGGCAUGCACCUGCUGGGGCAGCAGAAAGAACAUAUGGGAUUUUUUUUUUCUUUUUUGAGACAGAGUCUCAUUAUGUCGCCC